UUCCUCUGGUUGGUUGCCCCAGCGACACGUUGGGCCGACGAGCGGUGUUGGGUACCAGAGGGGCCGGAAGUCACUUCCUCCCGGGGACGCUGUAUCCUAGCAACCUCCCUCCGCCUCUGUUAUUAGUCCCUCCUCCUCGCUUGGUCCAGGACAGGUCCUGCGGGCGCUGCCAGGCCCACGCAGGCCAAGCCACUAUCAGAAGUUCAAUUAUUCUAACAAUUAGCUAUUUUAUAAAGGCAAAGAGACAAAAAUACACUAUGUCUGAUGAAGUUUUUAGCACCACUUUAGCAUAUACGAAGAGUCCGAAAGUUACCAAAAGAACUACUUUCCAGGAUGAGCUAAUAAGAGCAAUUACAGCUCGCUCAGCCAGACAAAGGAGUUCUGAAUACUCAGAUGACUUUGACAGUGAUGAGAUUGUUUCUUUAGGUGAUUUUUCCGACACUUCAACAGAUGAAAAUUCAGUUAAUAAAAAAAUGAACGACUUUCAUAUAUCGGAUGAUGAAGAAAAGAAUCCUUCAAAACUGUCUUUUUUGAAAACCAAGAAAUCAGACAGUAACGUAACCAAAGAUGAGCCAGUAUGUGCCAUCAAAAAUGAUGAGGAGACAGCACCUGAAGGGUGUGAAGACAUUGUUGUAAAAUCCUCUGAAUCUCAAAAUAAGGACGAGGAAUUUGAAAAAGACAAAAUAAAAAUGAAACCUAAACCCAGAGUUCGUUCAAUUAAAAGCACAUCUUCAGUGGAAAACAACAGCCUUGACACAGAUGCUCACUUUAAACCAUCACCUCGGCCAAGGAGUAUGUUAAAAAAGAAUAGCCACAGAGAGGAGACAGAUGGACUAGAAGAUAAAGAAACUGCCCUCAGUAAAGAAUUGGAGUUACGUUCUUCACCCUCUUUCCUUCCAAUGCCGAAUGGCACACAAUUAGAAGCUGAGAAAAAAGCAUUCUCUGCAAACCUUGAUGCUGAGGAUUCAUGCUUAACAAGUCUAUCAUCGUCAUCUCUUAAACAAAUUCUUGGAGAUUCUUUUUCACCAGGAUCUGAGGGAAAUGCAUCCAUAAAAGAUCGAAAUGAAGAAAUCACUGAAAACCAUAAUUCCUUGAAAUCAGAUGAAAAUGAAGAGCAUUCAUUUUCAGCAGACCAUGUCACUCCUGCAUUUGAGAAAUCCAAGGAAAGUCAAGUGACUGCUGAUGACCUUGAAGAAGAAAAGGAGAAAGCUGAACUGAUUAUGGAUGGUGACGGAACAGUUGAUCCACUACUAUCUAAAUCUCAGAGUAUCUUAAUACCUGUCAGUUCAACAGUGUCUGCAAAGAAAACAAUUGAAGAUAGAAAUAUGAAGAAUAAAAAGUCAACAAAUAAUAGAGCAUCCAGUGCAUCUGCCAGAUUAAUGACCUCUGAGUUUCUGAAGAAAUCUAGUUCUAAAAGGAGAACUCCACCAACAACUCCCUCUUCUCACUAUUUAGGGACUUUAAAAGUCUUGGACCAAAAACCUUCACAGAAACAAGGCAUAGAAUCUGAUAGAGCAGAUGACAUAAGAGCAGCUGUUUAUCAGGAGUGGUUAGAAAAGAAAAAUGUAUAUUUACAUGAAAUGCACAGAAUAAAAAGAAUUGAAAGUGAAAACUUAAGGAUCCAAAAUGAACAGAAAAGAGCUGCUAAGAGAGAAGAAGCAAUAGCAUCAUUUGAGGCCUGGAAGGCUAUGAAAGAAAAGGAAGCAAAGAAAAUAGCUGCCAAAAAGAGGCUUGAAGAAAAAAACAAGAAGAAAACUGAAGAAGAAAAUGCUGUGAGAAAAGAAGAAGCACUACAAGCUUUUGAAAAAUGGAAAGAGAAAAAGAUGGAAUAUCUUAAAGAGAAAAACAGAAAGGAGAGAGAAUAUGAAAGAGCAAAGAAACAGAAAGAGGAGGAGACUGUUGCCGAGAAAAAGAAAGAUAAUUUAACUGCUGUUGAAAAAUGGAAUGAGAAGAAGGAAGCUUUUUUCAAGCAAAAGGAAAAGGAAAAAAUAAAUGAGAAAAGAAAAGAAGAACUGAAGAGAGCUGAGAAAAAAGAUAAGGAUAAACAAGCUAUUGAUGAAUAUGAAAAAUGGCUGGAAAAUAAGGAAAGGCAGGAAAGAAUUGAACGAAAACAAAAGAAGCGUCAUUCCUUUCUUGAAAGUGAGGCACUUCCUCCAUGGAGCCCUCCAAGCAGAACCUGUGUUUGCAAAAGGGUUUUGAUCAUUCUAGUUCUUACAUUAUUUAGUAAUUUAUCAAUUUGCCAAUAUUAGCCACAGAUUUAGAACCAUUCAAUUAUUUAUAGUUAGAGGAAUAUAGUUUACUUAAAUGCCGGGGACUUCUGCUGACAAUGAAAGAGAUAUUUUGGAGUGUAAUCAGUGAAAGCAUUUUUUGAACUAUAGAAAAACUGCCUCAAAUGAAGACCUAAUAAUCAGAUUGCUUUUACCAUUAAGAUACAUAAAGUUUAAUCAUGUCCUGAUAAUUCUUAUAAUGGAAUGAUUCAUGAUCUUUUUCACUAAGCUCUGUAUGUUACUUAAGUAUAUUUAAUUCUAGUAAUAAAAAGGAAACUAUCUAGGUACCAUAAUGAUAGAAAUGGUUCCAUUUGUGGUUGAUUGUGAAUCUAGAUUCAGGUUUUGAAAUGAGGGGUCGCUAGGAAGUAUGCAUGUAUUAUUCCUUCUGAAACUGAUGUUUAGCACAAAGCAGUUGCAUUUGUACUGUAUAAGUUAGAAUUUUGAUCAGCUGAGGCAGUAGUUCAGCAGAACUCUAAUCAUCAAAGCUUUUUAUUUAAGAACUUUGCCUUAUGUUUUAAUAUGAGUAUACUUUAUCUGUUCCAGGCUUAUGUGACAAUCGUAGGCACUAUAAUGAGUCCACCUCUGAAAUUUUUCUUUCUGAAUUCUAUCUCACUUUAUUAUUUCAGUGAUACAAAAAGACAUUAAUGUCACAGAAGUGACAUACUUAUGUAUUAUGGAAAUUCCACAGGAGUUCAAGGUUAUUAUCACUAUAAUUAUUUAUAACUAUAAAUAAAGCCAUAAAGGUGAUUUAGGCAAUUACUGUAUUCUUAGCUAGUCCAGUUUUAUAGCUUAUAUUCAGAAGACAGCUGUAUGGGAAGGUAAAUAUGUUGACAAUGUCCACAAAAUGUUUAUUUAUUUAUUUGAUCUCUGCAUGUCCUUGUAUUAAUUGGUCUCAUACUUGACCUGGUCAUCUAGUUUAACAUAGACCAAGUAUAUGCUCUUGAAGUUGAAAUGCAACAUAGUGAAACCCUAUCUAUACUAAAAUACAAAAGUUAGCUGGGCAUGCAGAGAUGAUAGAUGAGAAUACACAGUGCAGAGAUGAUAGAUGAGAAUACACAGUUACUAUUUAUUGAGCAUCUAAUAUAUAAUAUAUACUGGAUCUUUACAAAUGUAUUUAACAUCUUUAUAACAACUUUUCAGGGUAGGUGUUAUUAGCUUCACCUUACAGAUAAAAAUAGUGACACUCAUAAAUCCAGUAACUUGCCGUUCCAUUUGGAGUAUGCCUGAAUUGGGAUCAAACAGGAUUCAGUCUGUCUUACUGAAUCUGCUUCUUUCUGGAAUCCCUGUGCUAUUUUUCACACUUCUGUGUGGCCUCAGAGACUGCUAAGUUCAGUCAAGACCUCUGUGUACUAUCAACGUUACAAACACGUUUUAACUUUUAGAGCCUAAAAUCAGGUACUGUUAUCCAAAGAUGAUCUUUUGCUACAGAAAUAGCUGGUUUGUUGUUAGAGAUAGUGGGUGUCAUUAAAUCUAUAAAAUGGAAUAAAAAAUCCAUAAGAUUUAAGGAGUUACUUAGACAUCUUAGACCUACUAUCAGAAUAUCAGAAAACUCAACACAGUUAUGUGACAAAGGCUUUGAGAUGGUCACUCCAGAUGUUCCACACACUGAGCCUCAGCCUUCUUGCUGCAGUACAUGUACAAGACAAGAAAAAUGUCAUAAACGGCUUUGUAAGAUUGUAUCAGUACCAUAGACAAUUAAGAGAAAUUUCAUAGAUAAAACUAGAAGUCUUUUUAUACAGCCAGAAGUAUAAUAUUAUGAAAUCGAACUAGUUAUCAGCAAUCUAUAUUGUCAGCAUGGAAUUUAGGACCUCUCUUACUCAUUUCUGUGUCCCCCAUAGUACCAAACACAGUGCCUGCCAAAAUAGAUUAAGUGUUUAUUGUAUUCGCUAUUUAGAGCUAAAAAGAUAUUUGCAAACUUAAUGGAAGUAAAA